CUGCAGUAGGAAAUCAACGGUUCCUAAAUGACAUAAAAGCGCGGGAAAAUUCGAUACGUUUGGCGCCACAUAAACUGUAAAUCACACAGAACUAGUCAUUAGCAGCGACGCCAAGAUCUAAAAGUUUAUAAUUUCAAGUGCAUCUCUCGCAUCGCAUCUCAUCAUAUUCAUAUUCCUCUCACAUUUCUCAAUUCUGGUGCUCUUUUGGUUUUUGUUUUUUCCUUCAAUCAAUUCUGACAAACCCUAGUCCGACCCACUUGAAUACCCUAAUUCAUACGAUUUCCAAUUCUGAUCGACAUGGAAGGUUUAUCCGCCAUUUGCGCUGGUCUCGGAGUCAUUGAGGAAGACGACAAUGGCAAUCGGAACAGCUACACACCCGGCGAAUACUGCUUAGAUAAUUUGAAAGACUUGUUGAGGUUUCUGAGGCGAGACGAUCCACAAACCCGAGAAGUAUUCAAGCAAGUUUGUAAAUGGAAUAUUGUUGGCAAGGACUUGAUACCCAUUAUUGAACACUGUCAGGAUGAUCGUAAUUUGGUUCUAAAUUCAGUGAAGGUUCUGGUGUUUCUAACUAUGCCUGUUGAGCCUACAUCCAAUGACAUACCCCAACAAAUAGAGUAUCUUUGGGGGUUGAUGUCUUCAAUUACUUGCAGUGACAUUGUCCCAGUGAUUGUCUCACUUCUAGAGAGUCCACUGGAAAAUUUAGAACAUGAAGCAUUUACAGAGGAUGACUGGAAAUUAGUUCAGCUGGUGCUUACUUUAUUUCGCAACAUUCUAGCUAUCCAAGACAUCCCUCUGCAUGAGAAGGCUGGGGGAUCUGCCACACAAUUCUUAUCCCUCAGAGAUAAGUUUCUAGAACUACUGUUCCGUGAGAAUGCCACGGACUUGAUCUUAGUUCUAACGCAGCAUAUUGGUGGUUCUUGUGGCUAUAUCCGUCAAGAUAACUUGCUUUUAUUGGAAACUUUCCAUUACAUAUUUAUAGGUCAAGAGCCAGAGUUGAUCGCUAAAGCAUAUUCAAAGGGAUUGAAGGUGGACGGUGAUGCCAAAACUUCUAUCAACAGUCUUAGGUCCAUUAUGGAAGAGGAACAAGAAAAAAGAAAGCUCACCAGACUACGCAAUUUGGGUUGUUACUCACAAUUUACUGGAACUUUUACUCGGCUAACCAUGGAUGGUUCUAAAACAUUAUGCAAGGGAAACCCAUGUUCUGCCUCUCAUGAUCCUCUGCACAAUUCUCAUAAAGUCCAUCGAGGUCCAUUGAAAAGAGUGGUGUGGGACUAUGGAAGAUUACCAUCAACAAGGGACAAUACUCUAGAAUUGCUCCAUGAUUUUGUUAACCAGCUAUUGUCAGGGGGUUACAAUGUGUUAAUGGAGUCCAUCUGUGAGGAUGUUGAAAAGGAACACCAUACAAUUCAAAAUAGUGAUGUCAUUAUUUUCUUUCAAGUUGCUCAAUUUAUUACGUCUUUUCAAUAUCAUAAAUCUGUGUGUUUGAAGUCAAACAUGAAAGCUGACCCAUUUGAAGCUUCUGUAAAUCAUCAUGCUGAUAGCACAUUGUUUGAAGGCAAUUUAUGUGGACCAAUUGCUGCGUCUAUGAAUGAGUCAAUGUUCCUGUUAGUCAUUUCAAAGUGGCGUUAUGCAUAUGACAGCUUGAAGCAGACAAAUGAGUAUAAAUUUGUAUCUGCAGCAGGAUCUCUUAUGAAAAUCAUGAUUCGUAUGUUGGAUUUAGUGCUUAAGGUAUCACCUGAAGAUUCUAAGGAUCCUCAAACAGCUCGCAUCCUUCUUUACAAGUUAUUCUAUGAUCAAACUGAUCAAGGAAUGACUCAGUUCCUUUUGAACCAGAUGAAAUCAUUUGAUACUCAUAAACAAGCCAAAAGUGAUCUUGCCGAUUUGGUAGAAACAAUACAUGUAGUUAUACGACUCAUCGAGAACCUUGAAGCACGUGGCACAUUAAGGGUUUCUAGAAAGUCGAGGAAGAAGAGAGCAAAGAAAAUCAUGAAUGACAAGAGUAAGAUUGAUCAACCAGUUGGAGAUCAUGUUCCCCUUCAGAAUGAGGUCUCUAACCCUGGUUGUGAACAAUCUGCACAUUCAAGCAUGUUAUCUGAGGAGAAGUUGAUGAAUCCAAGUUCUGAUGUGAACGGGGAAGAGACAGCAGAACCUUUUCAGGUUGAUAAGCCUGAAACGAGUGAGUUAGACACACUUAAUCAUGAAAGCAAUCUUCCAGGGAUGAAAAAUACGAAGUCUGAUGUAAAUUGUGAUGGAAUUGAUGAUUCUUCUAGUGAUGAGCAGCUACCUGUGACUAAUGAAGUUGAUUUUGAGGCAUCUGCUUUGGUUUCUGCCCUUGCAAGCAAUGCCCUUAUUCAAAAUUUGUGUUGGUUGCUGAAGUUUUAUAAAACCAAUUCCACGAGUACAAACCACUACAUUAUAUGCAUGCUGCGGAGAAUUUGUGAUGAUCUGGAGCUUUCUCCAAUGCUAUAUCAGUUAUCCCUUUUAAAUACAUUCUACAUUAUCCUGGCUGAGCAGAAGUCAAGUCCAUGCAAGGAAUAUGAAAAUAUUGUUUUAUUUCUGACGAGCUUGGUUAGGAGAAUGCUGAGGAAAAUGAAGAGCCAACCUCUUCUUUUUGUGGAAGUGCUCUUUUGGAAGACGCGUAAAGAAUGCCAUUACAUCAACUGUGAAUCAUUAUUACAUGAGGUUGGCAACUUGAAGAGAGAAAGUGCGAAGUGGGGGAGUGUGUCUAAUGACGGAGAAAUGGGUUCAACUCAAGGGAAAGGAUGGGUCCGUAGAAGCAUAGCAGAUGCAUUUGGCGAUGAUGAAGCGGACUUUGUUAUCUCACAUGAGAUGGAUAAGCAGAAGGAGGAGGAUCCUCAUGAGGUUUUGCAAAGAAGCAAGCGAAGUAAUGGGGAAAGGAAGGAAAACAUCACAUCAAUUUCAAAUGACAGAAUCCAGAGGAAGGAAAAUUCUGAUAGUGAGGGACAUUUUGAACAUGUGUCUCAAGGGGUAUCUAAUAGAAGGAAAAGUCUGGUUAUCAAUGAAGAUCUGGAACGACAAAUUAAGGGUCUAUAUGAAAAAUACAAGAACAGUCGGCAUUGUAGUCGUCUCAUUGCUGAAGCCCUCGAUCAAGAUGGAAAAGUUUCACCAGUGCAGGUUUCCAACAAGCUUAGACAGCUUGGACUGAGAGUCCUACCAAAGAAAAGGAUGCUUCAGGCUGGGGCUUCUAUCCAACCUAGGGAAGAAGGGGCAUCGGGAAAUGAGUUGAAGGAAAGUUCUGUACUCAAACCUCUGCACACUAGAAAAAGAGUACGUGCCUUUAGCGAAGAUCAGGAGACGAUGAUUAAAGAUUUAUUUGAGCAGUUUAAGGAUCAAAGGAGGUGUAGUCACAUGAUUGCAAAUGCACUGGAUGCUGAUGGCACUUUCACAGCAGCACAAGUUUCACGCAAACUCAAGCAACUCGGCCUUCGAGUUGCUCAGCAGAAGAGACCCAAAGCCGAGACGCAUUUGAAGGAUGAGGAUGUUAUUAACUUUUCUGCAGAAACUGCAGAACACUCUGACAAUGAAACAUUAUUAUCACUGAAAAAAAGGAGCAAAAACAAGAAGAUUGAAAGAGAAAAUAAGGACAUGGAAAACCAGAAAAUUGAAGGAAAAGUGUCACAUGACAGUUCUGAAGAUGAAUUUCCGGGCUCUGUUUCGGGGGAUGGACAUGAACGACCUAGUGGGAUGGAAGUUGAUGAUGAUGGUACUCUCAACCGUGCCGUCAAUGCAGAAGCUCAAGCAACUAGCAUUAGCAGUGAAAAGCAAGUAGGCACUAUUGAUGCAAAUAAUUUGCAGCAUCAGCAACUGCAUGAUGAGCUGGAGGAUCAAUUGUCAGAUUUGGGGGAUGAUGCGACUCCUGUUACAUCCCAACAUGGUGCUGUAUUAAGAAGGAAGCUAAGGAUGGUAAUUGAUCCCGAGGAUGAUGAAUAGGAAUGCAGCAUGGGGUUAUUUUAUUUCAUUGUUGUUCCCAUUUUAGUUUUUUGGCUUGGAUGCGAUCAAAUAUGAUGUAGAUGUUGCACACAGAAGAAUAUUAUUCAUGUGCCUAUGAUGGCUUUUGUAGAGAGAAGUGCUACAUUGUGUUAUUCACUCUGGCUCUUAGUCAAUCAGAUUGAGUCAUCUUAAAGAUUAAAGAUUAUUUGAACAUUGUAUAUGAAGAGUAUGACUCAUGGGAUUCUUUUGCUAAAUCCUUGCCUAAUUAUAUUAAUUUAAUUUGAUAUGGAAAAAUUUCGCUGAAUGUCACAAUCA